GAACAGGUUCUGUGUUGAACAGUGCAGGAGAUGUGGAGAUGGAUGCCAUCAUCAUGGAUGGACGGAGCUUGCGGGCGGGGUCAGUAGCCUGUGUCCAGAACAUCGCCCAUCCGGUCAGCCUGGCCAGACAGGUCAUGGAGAAGACGGACCAUACCAUGAUUGUUGGGGAGGGAGCUAACCUGUUUGCAAAGGAGCUGGGCAUACCCCAGGUGCCUCCCGACCAGCUGGUGACGGACAUCGCCAGGCAACAAUGGGAGGAGUACCACAAGUACAAGAGAGCAGUCAACGAACUGUUUGACUCACAGCUUGGUCAUGACACAGUUGGAGCCGUGGCAGUAGACUCGGAGGGAAAUGUUGCCUGUGCCACUUCUACUGGUGGUAUUACUGCCAAGAGGGUUGGACGUGUCGGGGACUCCCCAGUCAUAGGUUGUGGAGCCUAUGCAGACAAUGAAACAGGAGCAGUGUCCUGUACAGGGCAUGGGGAGGCGAUAAUGAGCGUCACUUUAGCCAGAACAGUCACCUUCAACAUGGAG